AGGAUGCACUUUUUUUUUUUUUUUGGAAGACCCAUUAAAGGGAAAUGCUUAUUGAUCCUGUAUUACAUAGAAACCUACUUUUUUAACAGUAUAUCCGUGCCUGUUGUGAACGUUACUACUUGGUUGGUUUAACUAAUUGCUGUUCAAUGCAAUUUCAACAAUGCUUGCAGUUUUCAUAAGGAAUGUAAACCAUGUUCUCCCGUCUGGCUGCAGUGUUCAUUCCGGUGUGCUCGCCGGUAAAGGGCUUUGGCUCGGUGUCUAUUAUCCAGCUAGCCAUCAUGGGUCAGGAACAGAGGAGCCUGAGCUGAUGGGAAAGAAAAAACAAAAAACAAAAUUGAAAUACUCACCAUUGAAUACAAACUACAGCCGCUCUGUAGGGUUGUGGUGGAUCCGGAGCCUAUCCCAAGAGUGCUGAGCUUGCAGCGGACGAUACAGGGACAUCAUUCCAUAACAGAGCACCAUGCCCUAUUAGUUAAACUGAGCUCAACGCUGCGCUGGCAGGCAUGCGAAUCCGGCUGCAGAGGUCAGGCCAUGCGGCCCUGCUUCUCUCCGAGCUCAACCGCUGUCGCCUGUCACGGCUCCUCUGCGACGUGGUUCUGCAGGUUGGGGGUCGAUCCUUCCCUGCCCAUCGUGCAGUCCUAGCAUGUGCAAGCUCUCACUUCAGCAGCCUGUUAUCUCGGGGCCCGUAUGGCCAGAGUGGCACUCCUCCCACGUUCUCUUUGGACUUCAUCUCUGCAACCAACUUUGAGAAAGUGUUGACUUUCAUUUACACGGGUGAGAUCCUCACUGAUCUGAUAGAUGUUGGUGUGCUGUACGAGUUGGCAGAACGACUGGGUGUCAGGGAGUUGGUGCGGGCUUGCCAUGCCACCUUCCCAGACAUGAAGAGCUCCGAUGGAGACGUGGAAACGGACAUGACCCCUGCUACGACGAUGGCUGCCUCCAUGUGCUCUUCAUCUGUGGCAUCCUGCUCUUCUCUGUCGUCUCCUGCUGCUCCCACUCCGGUAGCGCCUUCUCCCCUCCCUCAAAGCAGAGGAAACAGGGUAAACCGCUCUCAUGUGCCCCCCCUCUCACUCUCUCAUUCUCCUAAAGCAGAGGAUGGCUUUCAGCUACAUCUGAGCUAUAAUCAGCUGGCAAACAACAAGCAGAGCUCAUUGGAGAACCACCACUCUCAGGUUUCCGAGCUCCUCCCGGCUCUCAGUUUGCAGCUUAAAACUGAACAGGAGGAAGAGAAAGUGGAUGGGAACCACAGCUCAGAGGAACAAGCCAUUGUUAAUGGUAAUAAACCAGCACUUCCUGAAGUGUGUUCCAUUCCUGACUCAUCAGCACAGGCUGGAGGGGAAACCUGCACACCAUCCUCCUCCUCUGGCGACCCACUGGAAAGCCUGCAGCUUAGAGUGGUCGAACCAGGUGUUGGACUUGGGGGUGGGGCAGUCAAAGAUGCCAUUUUAUUCGCGGAAGAAGAGGAUGCAGAAAAAAGGAGCCUCCAUGAUGGGCCUCAGGAGGAUGGAGAGCAGUGGCGAGCUCUGGCGGGGGAUGUAAUCGAACUGAGCGACGAUGAAGAAAAUUACAUUGAGGAAGAGGAAGAUGACGAAGACCUGAUGUGCAUAGAGAACGGUGGCAGUGGUGCCUUGAUGAAUCAGGGCCAGUUGGUACCCUCAUCACAGCCCUGUAAAACUUGUGGAGUGUUGUUGCAAGGGGAUAACAAUGUCUUACGCUCUCAUGCAGAGACGCACCUGUCUGAGACGGGCAGCUGCCGCGUGUGCGGCACUUCAUUCUCUGACCGCGCAUCCAGCAUCGCUCAUGCACUCACACACGUGGGCAUCCUGUUGUUUUCCUGUGAGAUAUGUGAAACGCAAUUCUGCACGGAGGUUGAACUGAUCCGUCACAGGCGCCAGUCAGUGGCUCGAUGCGUCCCCCAAAUGCCCGAGCAACUUAGCAAUGCGACUCAGGGGCCUGGAGGGGAACUGCAUUGUGCUGUGUGCACUAAGCCCAUUCCUAAGGAUUUCAAGGCUGUCAGGGAGCAUGUACAGGGCCAUGUGUGUUUGCGGACUUUGCGCUGCGGUGUGUGCCAGUCAGCUCAACCCACACGAUGUGCUCUUCUGUGGCACACGCUAACACACCUCGUUGCCAUCCACUCCUGUCCACAGUGCGCCUGUCCUUUCCUGGAGCAGCCUCUGCUCGACACACAUUUAGCCGUGCAUGCUGAACAAGGGGGAGCCAAAGAGGAUGAAGGCAGUCAGGAGAGCAGUACAGAAGGACAGGGCGAGUUUCAGUGCUUCCUGUGUCCACAGACCUUCCCUUCAGACACAGCCUUCCAUUACCACCUGAGCACGCACCCUAGUGAGCCCCAAUCGUGGCCUGCCAAGCGCAAAGCGGACCAGCCACUGGAGUUUUCUUCCUCCUCUUCCUCCCCACUGGAGCCAGGAGGCGUGGGCAAACUCAGUGGCCUGGGCUUUAACAUGGGCUCAUUUAUACCAGACAAAAUGAUUCAGGCUGGCAUGCCAUUCCCUGCUGGACUUGUACAGAACGGCAGCUCUUCUGGUUGCCCUCAAACGGGUGCAGUUCUGAAACAGAAGUGGUACCGCUGCAGGUAUUGCGGCAAGCGUUUUGCACACUCGGGCGAGUUCACCUACCACCUUCGCAUCCACACAGGAGAAAAGCCGUACCAGUGCAAGGUGUGCCUGCGCUUUUUCCGUGGCCGCUCCACCAUGAUCUGCCACUUGAAGACGCACGCCGGCGCCCUGAUGUACCGCUGCACUGUGUGUGGCCUCUACUUCUCAACACUGAAGAUGGUCUCGUCGCACAUGGAACUCCACAAGGACCACCUACCUCCUGACUUCAACAUAGAGGAGACUUUCAUGUACAACGACCACUCCAAAGAGCCGGUCCCUAAUCUGGACACCUGAAAUUUGUUACUCAUGUGCCUCAAUACGUAUCUUGUUCGUUAUCUGUGACCAUUGUUAAGGACCAAGUAGAAUUAGGACGCUUUUAAAUGUUUUGUGUGAUUUAGAGACUGGAGAUUUGAAGUAGGUACUGUUAUUGCAUUGCCACUUGGUGGCAGCAUUUAUGUAUUCUGAGGGCACACUGACUGUUCAUGUGAAUGUGAGGUGUGAUUAUUAGUUUAGGAUUACCUCUUGAUGUUCUUCCUUCUGCAAUUAAUAUCAGCUACAUGUAUAUAUUGUAGAGUAUUACAACAGAAUAUUGUAUCACCAGUAAAUAUGGUAGUGUAAAUGGGCAUUGUAGGAGAAACGGAAGAUUCAUGAAGUGUACACACGAUGCAGGACACAAAACUGUGGUCUACUUUGCUGCCCUCAUAUAGAGGGUAAUUUUUUAGAGUCGUGUUUUUACUUCUUUAUUUAUUUUUUACACUUUAUUUUAUUCAUUAUAUUCACUGCUUUUUGGAUGUUGUGUUUGAAUUCAGCACAAAGCGUUCGCUUAUUAAUUACACUCACCGGCCACUUUUAAUAGGAACUUGUUCUUGAUUCUAAGAUCCCCGUUCUUGGCUGCAAGAGUGGUCUUCUGCUGUCGCAUGCUGAGAUGCUUUUCUGCUCACCACGGUUGUAAAGAGUGAUUAUAUGAGUUACUAUACCCUUCCUGGCAGCUCGGACCAAUCUGGCUAUUUGCCUCUGACCUCUCUUAUCGUUUGUUUCCAUCCACAGAACUCAGUGGGGCUUUUUUUGUUUGUUUUUCGCACCAUUCUGUGUGAACUUUAGAGACUGUUGUGUUGUGAAAACUUUCUGAAAUACUCAAACCAGUCCAUCUGGCUCAAACCAACCCCCAUGCCACGGUGAAAGUUAAAAAAAAAAAAAAAAAGUGAUCACAAUUUUUCCCAUUCUGAUGUUUGAAGUGAACGUUAACUGAAGCUCUUGAUUUGUAUCUGCAUGAUUUGACGCAUCGUGCUGCUGUCAAGAGAUCGGCUGAUUAGAGAACUGCAUCAAACAGACAGCAGGUGGAUGUAUGGGUGUUCCUGAUAAAGUGGCCAGUGAGUGUACGUGUUAUGUAUUAAGACGGCAUCAAGCAUGGGUGAAAAUAAAGCAGUCAUAUCCAUCAAAUUAUGGUAUAAACAUGGAGUAAGGAAUAAAUCCUGUGCAGUCAGUAUAGUUCUGGUAUCUUUUUUUUUUUUCCCCAAUAUUCACCUUUAUUAUAUUAGAUCAUAUUUUACUAUUAAGUGAAUUGAAAUAGACAAGAUAAAUUGACACUUUGGUACAUUUUAACAGUUUGUGUAUCCUUAAAGCAGCAGGAAUAAGUAGCAUUUUUAAUGUCAUUUCUAAUGUUAGACACUGAUGAAGUCAGUAAUUUCAGUGCCAGGACCAACAGUAAUACGUAUCUCUUUUAAAAAGUGUAAAAAUGGUACCUAUUGCCUCUUUAAGUGGACCGAUUCCACAAUGUGUAAUAUUUUUUUAAAACGUGAAAGCAGUACCUUAUCAUACAAUUUCAGAUCUAUAACUAUUUAUUUAUUUAUAGCUUUUUAUGUUGAUACAUUAUAUUUUGUAAGGAGUGUUUUCAUUAUAAAUAGAAGCGUAUUACUUUGUU